AUAUUUAUUUUUUCAUUCAUCCAGGUAUGUGUGAAAAUAUCAACAGGUUUGAUGGAGAAUAAACAUUACGGUGGACCCUAGGAACUUUUAAAUGGUGGUCAUUCAAUGAUAACUGUUUCUUAUGGUGUGGUCCACGUGAGUUUUUUUUCUAUUUUAUUUUUUAUCACAUGAAUCAAAAUAAUCUUUAAAAAAGGAUGGACGGCGUGGAUGUACAAAAAAUACAUUGAUCUGUCCCCCACGGGCAGGACCUCAGGAGUUCCGAAAGAUUCCGGACUUUACCGAAUCCGCGUCCGAAGGAUACAUAAAUACGUACUUCGUACCACUCUCUCCAUCUCCUUCCCCAUCUCUCCCUCCUUCCCACUCUCUCUCCUUCAGCAAAGAUGUCAGUCACCAUCGACCCUGCAAUAACAACAGACGAGAAAGAAGAAAUCAACGACUGUCCGAUCGAUGAGGUCCGCCUCACUGUCCCAAUCACAGAUGAUCCAACGAUGCUAACCAUGACGUUCCGAACAUGGGUCCUCGGCAUUGCAUCAUGCAUCCUUCUAUCCUUCGUGAACAUGUUCUUCGGCUACAGACAGAACCAGCUUGCUAUAACGUCUGUCACAGCUCAGAUAGUCGUUUUACCAAUCGGGAAGUUGAUGGCAGCCGUGCUGCCGACCAAGCCUAUCCAUGUCCCGUUUACCAAGUGGUCGUUUUCUUUGAAUCCUGGACCGUUCAAUUUGAAAGAGCACGUCCUUAUUACAAUCUUCGCCAACUCAGGUGCAGGUGGGGUCUACGCUAUCGGCAUCAUUACCAUUGUUAAGGCAUUUUACCACAGGAAUAUACAUCCCUUUGCAGGAUUUCUUUUAUCCCAAACUACUCAGAUGCUGGGAUAUGGAUGGGCAGGUGUCUUUAGGAAGUACCUGGUUGAAUCUCCAUACAUGUGGUGGCCCAGUAACCUUGUCCAAGUCUCCCUCUUCAGAGCAUUGCAUGAGAAAGAGAAGAGGCCAAAGGGAGGGCUAACAAGGCUGCAAUUUUUCCUUAUGGUCAUGAUAUCAAGCUUCGCUUAUUACCUUAUCCCUAACUAUUUCUUCCCUUCCAUAACUGCCCUUUCGAUUGUUUGCUGGAUAUGGAAGAACUCGGUCACGGCCCAACAGAUCGGGGCUGGAAACUCGGGUCUCGGUAUCGGGUCUAUUGGCCUUGAUUGGGCAACCUUAUCGGGUUUCACUGGGAGCCCAUUGGCCACCCCAGGGUUCGCGAUCAUCAACCUAUUAAUCGGAUUCGUCUUGAUAGUCUACAUCGUCACACCGAUCUCGUACUGGAACAACUGGUACAAUGGCAAACGGUUCCCGAUCUUCUCAUCGCACGUCUUCGAUGCCUACGGGAACAAGUACAAUAUUUCACGUGUGAUUAACGAAGCGACAUUCAAUCUCGACAAGCAUGGGUACGAUAAUUACAGCCAAAUACAUCUCAGCAACUUCUUCGCCUUCAGUUAUGGGCUCAGCUUCGCGACUCUGGGGGCCACUUUGACCCACGUGGCACUGUUUCAUGGGAGCUCCAUCUGGCAGCUGACGAGGAAAGCUGUAGGGAGGUCCAGCGAUCAGAUGGAGGACGUCCAUAACAGAUUAAUGAAAAAAUACAAACCAGUCCCUCAAUGGUGGUUCCAUAUCAUCUUAGUAUCCAUGGUUGCUCUAUCCAUCCUCACAUGUGAAGGCUUUGGUAAGCAGUUGCAGCUUCCCUACUGGGGUAUCUUUCUAGCGUGCGCACUGGCUCUAUUCUACACCCUACCAAUAGGGAUCAUCACAGCCACUACCAACCAGCAACCAGGACUAAACGUUAUAACGGAGUUGAUAAUCGGGUAUAUGUACCCGGGGAAGCCCCUUGCCAACGUGGCUUUCAAGACCUACGGUUAUAUUAGCAUGACUCAGGCGAUCCAGUUCCUUGCGGAUUUCAAGCUGGGCCAUUACAUGAAGAUCCCUCCUAGAUCCAUGUUCGUUGCUCAGCUGGCUGGCACGGUGAUUGCAUCUACAGUCUACUUUGGUACUGCAUGGUGGCUCCUCUCAACCGUUAAAAACAUCUGCGACCCUUCAUUGCUUCCUGAUGGUAGCCCUUGGACAUGUCCCAGCGACGAUGUGUUCUUUAGCGCUUCCAUCAUCUGGGGUCUGGUGGGCCCACUUCGAAUGUUUGGCCGCCUUGGCAUCUACGAAUCCGUUAACUGGUUCUUUCUCAUUGGUGUGAUCUCACCCAUCCUUGUCUAUGCCCUGGCCCGUCUAUUCCCCAACCAACGGUGGAUAUCAUUGAUCCAUAUGCCUGUGAUCUUGGGGGCCACUGGGAACAUGCCACCUGGCCGGGCUGUCAAUUACAUAUCCUUUUUUAUCGUGGGAAUUUUCUUCAACUUCUAUGUAUACAGAAAGUUCAGGGGGUGGUGGGCCAAGCACAACUACAUCCUAUCCGCUGGUUUGGAUGCUGGAGUUGCUUUGAUGGGUGUAUUGAUGUACAUUGCUCUUCAGGGCUAUGAUAUCUAUGGGAUGAAUUGGUGGGGUCAAGAUGAUGGUGAUCAUUGCCCGUUGGCCAGUUGCCCGACAGCUAAAGGCAUAGUCGUUGAAGGGUGUCCAGUGUUUUGAUGGGUAGUGGAUAUGUUUAUGUGAUUAGGUGAAUUGACGGUUGGAUUUGCAUUUGUGUUGAUUUUGAUUAUACAUAUGAUGAUGAUGUGCAC